AUGGCAAUUCUUGCACCCACGCUUGAGAGUGUCGAGAAGGUAAACGAUCUUGUCUUGACAAUCUUUCUAGGGAUGGAAAAGGAGUAUUUGAGUUCUGACACAAAAUGUCAAGCUAAUGAGAAUGAAGAUGUACAACAAGAGUGGUUCACACCAGAGUUCCUAAAUGACAUAAAAUAUUUGGGACUACCCAAUCACAAGUUGACUUUGAAGCCAGGAGUCACUGUAAUGCUACUGCGAAACAUAUGCCAGACUUCAGGUUUAUGCAAUGGUACACGAUUAAUAGUUAACGAACUUGGUAGCAAUGUAAUUGGAGCGACGGUAGUGACUGAUAGAAAUAUUCAAGAUAAAGUGUACAUUCCAAGAAUGAACUUGAUCCCUUCUGAUUCAGAGUUGCCAUUUAAGUUCCAACGGAGACAAUUUUCAUUAACAGUAUGCUUUGCAAUGACCAUUAACAAGAGUCAGGGUCAAUCAUGA